ACCCACUCCUCGCCCUCAAUGAAUCUGGGAGAGUCUUAGCCAAGAGGAGCUAAUGCCUCCACGGGCGGAUUUAUUUGGGUUAUCGUGAAAUUUGUACAGAGUAGAGACAACAUAGUUUAAAAUAAUAAGUUUUUAGUUUGUUUUUUAACGGGUGGGUUUUCAUCAGCCCGAUUUUUUCCAGCCUGUCUUCGACUCUCGGGAGAGUUUAGUUGUCUUGUCGAUCGUAAUGUGGCUCAGGGGCUAAUCCUUGGACUUCAUUCAAUACUAACUCAUCUCAAGGCGCUUCGUUGGGGCGAGCCGAACUGAUUUAACAACCACACGCGAGAAUGACAGAAUACAAGCUGGUCGUUGUUGGGGCUGGUGGCGUUGGGAAAAGUGCACUGACCAUCCAGCUCAUUCAGAAUCACUUUGUAGAUGAGUAUGACCCUACUAUUGAGGAUUCUUACAGAAAGCAGGUUGUAAUUGACGGAGAGACAUGUUUGCUGGACAUCCUGGACACCGCAGGUCAGGAGGAGUACAGUGCCAUGAGAGACCAGUAUAUGAGGACAGGAGAGGGCUUUCUGUGUGUGUUUGCCAUCAACAAUGCAAAGUCCUUUGAGGACGUACAUCUUUACAGGGAGCAAAUAAACCGUGUCAAAGACAGUGACAAUGUCCCGAUGGUGCUGGUGGGGAACAAAAGUGACCUGGCCUCUCGUACUGUAGAGACGCGUCAAGCCCAAGAGCUCGCCAGAAGUUACGGUGUCCCAUUUGUCGAAACAUCUGCCAAGACGCGACAGGGAGUUGAAGAGGCGUUUUACUCUCUUGUGCGGGAGAUCCGAAGAUACAAGGAGACGAACCGCAGCAAUAAGAAGAGCAAAAAACAUACACAGAGACGUUGCACUCUUUUAUAGCACUGCAUCCCCCUGUGAUAGCAAUGCACUCAACACACACACACACACACACACACACACACACACACACACACACACACACACACACACACACACACACACACACACACUACUGUAGCAUUAAACACACAUACACACCCCAUUUCCUUUUCUUACCACUCUCUUUUACGCCACCAGCCUUUGAGGAAUAGGAAGCUGACUGGCUGUUUGUAUGUAUGUGAGCAUGAGACCUCAAUGAGAAUCGAGCAACUGUGGAAUUGAUUUGGAAAAGACAUUUUUUGAUGGGACUAUCAAACUUGGAUAAAAUAAUCUCGAGUGGACUCAUCAACCUUAUGCUGCUGCUUGCCCUUCUGUGCUAAGAGGACCUGAUGUGUGUCAUAGUUUUACAGUCGUACUUUAGAAUCAAAGCAGCAAGGAACUUUGUCAUUUACAACAAAUUUAUGAGGUGGUGAAGGGAUAUGCUUUAAGUCGGUAAUGGGUAACUCUUUCUAAGUAAGCCUGAUCCUAUCUCAUCUCCUCAAAACUUCAUAAGCCAAUCAGCACAUCUGCUUGGUUCUGUUAACAGUGGUUGGGAAUGAGGAAGCUCAGAAGUCCCCUGAAGUGUUCGUGGCCUGUGGGAAAGCACUGUAUAACAAGUGGUCACCGCAUUCAAAACCACUGAUAUAGUAUUUCCACCUCAUUCAAUGUGAGAUUUAUCUAGAAAAUGUUUUCAGUAGUUUUAACCCGGUUUUUCUUUGCAUUUGUCAACAUCCCAGAAUCCAUUUCUCCCUAGGUUUUUAUUGUUCUCAUGGCUUGGACUAAAACUUAGCUGUCCUGCACCUAAUGUAGCCCUUCUAUAAUUAUAAAAUUCUGAAAAAUCAAGCUUGCUUUUUUUAUUUUUCCCAGUAGCAUUUUAUGGUAAAAUCUUGUAUUUUUGUAAAAGAUAAUAUUGAACCAUUUCAGUACACAUACCAGCAUUGUAUUGGACAUUAACAUUUCAUUUAUUAUGAUGAAUUAUGUAAAAUGCCAGUAGUCCCUACCUGCAAUGAGGUUUGGUUGGGGAGGGCAAUAUAUUUUUUUCCAGUUUCUCUAUUUUAUUUUUAUUCCUUUUUUAGAUUGACAAGAGAGAUGGUAAUAGUUUUGGUUAAGGGUAAACAUGUGACCAAAGCUUGUGAUUGAUGCAUUCCCUUUGCCACAUUGAUAACUGUAGUUAUGUUUUGUGAAUAAAGAGACUUUUGGCUA